AUGGCAGAGGCAGAACCAUUUUUAGCUGAUGGCAAUCAGGAGUUACUUCCCUGUGAAGUCUGUGGAAGACGCUUUGCAGCAGAUGUUCUGGAAAGGCAUGGACCAAUAUGUAGAAAACUCUUCAACAAAAAACGUAAACCUUUCAAUUCCUUGAAACAAAGAUUACAGGGCACUGACAUUUCCAUUGUGAGAAAGGCUCCUCAAUCCAAGCCUCAACCUGUGAGGAGAUCAAACUGGAGACAACAACAUGAAGACUUCAUUAAUGCCAUCCGAUCGGCAAAACAGUGUACACUAGCCAUUAAAGAAGGCCGACCUCUCCCACCUCCACCUCCUCCAUCCAUCAGUCCAGAUUAUAUUCAAUGCCCAUAUUGUCUGAGGAGGUUUAAUGAAACUGCAGCCAACCGACAUAUUAAUUUCUGCAAGGAUCAGUCUUCUCGCCAAGUCUUUGAUCCAGCCCAAACAGCAGCCAAGCUGGCAUCGAGAGUACAGGCUAGGGCUCAAAUGAGGCCAAAAAAAGAGCCAACUGUAACCAGUGCCGUGGGAGCCCUGCUGCAGAACAGGGCCCUGGCGGUCCCAAAUGUGGCCCCAACGAGGCCAGGAUUAGCUGUGGACCCUACUUCUGGAGCAAAAUUCAGACAAGGACUUGCUAAAUCUUCUAAAAAAGAUUAACUCCUAGAGGCCAGACUGUCUCCCUUUAACUCAUCAGCCUGGAUAUCUGUGUACCCAGGAAUGCCACCUAAGGG